AUGGAUCCCUCCCAAAACAACUACUAUUCGCAUCUCCUUACCGGUGAAGGAUCGGCCUUAUACUCGCCGUUCUAUACAGAAGUCGUAGAAGAAGGUCAUCCCAUCGAGUUUUCACAAUCCGCAACACAACAAGUGUCAUCCCAAGAAACACCGACCACAAAUAAGAAGAAAGCUUACACGCGGUCCGAAAAUUGGACUGUCCACGAGGAUAAGCUUCUUGUGUCUGCUUGGCUGAACACGAGCCAAGACUCCAUCCAAGGCACAGGGCAACACAAAGAUAAGUUCUGGCACAGAGCUAACGACUACUUUAUCCAAUACUCCACCGAUCCAACGAAUCGCACACCAAACCAAAUGAUGCACCGUUGGUCAACGAUUCAACUGUCGGUCAACAAGUUCUGCGGGUGCGUUGCUCAGAUUGAAGGAAGACAAAGAUCUGGUACGGGAAUUAUUGACCAGACUGCAGAAGUAAAAGAAUUAUACCAAUCCCUUUAUGGUAAGCCAUUCGUGUUGGACCAUUGCUGGGUUGAGUUGCGUCAUCACCAAAAAUGGAACCAACAAAUGGAAACUUACAAUAAGAUUCGAUCACAGCCGAGAAGAACCACGAACUCUGAUUCCUCACCAAAUAAUUCCAUGCCAGCGACCCCCAUCGAGUUGAACAUUGACUCGGAUGAUGUUAUAGCAAGGCCUGAAGGGAGGAAAGUGGCAAAACUCAAGAGGAAACAAAAUGUGGACAAAUCUGAGUCCGCUAAGUCCAUUAUGGGAGAGGCUUUCGCGUGGAUGAAGCAAACCAACAAAGAAAAAAUAGAAUUUAUGACUGUACUUGAAGUUGAAAAUUUUGGCAUUGAAUGA